AUAUAUCAAUAUUACAAAAAAUGAAAUACUGUACAGUUGUUCUCCACAAGCUCUCUGCAGCUAAAGUGGAAAGAGACAUCACAGGUGGUGUGAAAAUAUCCACUGGGCAAUCAAUGUCAGCUGGCGGUUGCAAAGUUGAUACUGAAGGUGGAGAAACUCCCUCCGGCCUGCUCAGCAAUGAGCUGAAGGGUGGUGAUUUGGGAAGUGGAAGCUUAAAAGGAAGGUCUCCCAAGAAACAGGCACGUCUGCACAAGACUCUUGCUGACCAUAGUGACCCUGCUUCCUUGCCUCUUGCUGUGGCACUGCCAGAGGUGGUCGUACAUGAAAUUUCAUGUGAAGAAGCUGGCGAAGGUAUAUCAGCUUUUGCUGGUGUGACUAAAGCCCAGGCACGUCUGCACGAGACUGUUGCUGACCAUAGUGACCCAUCUUCCUUUCCUCCUGAUGUGGCAUUGCCAGAGGUGGUCGUACAUGAAAUUUCAUGUGAAGAAGCUGGCGAAGGUAUAUCAGCUUCUGCUGCUGUGACUGAAGCACAGGUUUGGCCUUCCCAGAUGGAUGUUUCUUUGGGUGGCGAUGGUGGCACUCCUGCCUGUAGUUCUGCUGUAGCAGUCUGCAAUGUGGUGCAUGAGACCUCAUGCCAGCAGGCUGGCGAUGCAGCAUCAACUUCUGCUUCUAUGAUGGAAGCUCAGUGCCAUCUACUCCAUGUACAAGUUGUCGAAGAUGCCCAGCUGGAUACGGAAGCGCGUCGAGUUCAUUCACCUGACUUUGAUCCAGCUUCUGUUGCCGAACAUCUUUCGAGGAAAGAGCUCAUGAUAAGGGCUUUGGAGCCAGCUGCUUUGGACGAAAAUAUCGGACAAAAAAUCAUAAGUAUUGAGGAAGGUUUACAGAUUACUGUAAAGUCUUCCCGUCAAGAGUUUCCAACUACGUCGGAAAAGGAAUUUUCAUCGCAUUUACCAAAUUCUGUUGAAAUCGACCAUUAUCUUCACCGAAAAGUUUCUAACUCGAAACGACCAGCUAGACCAUGCCCCUACUGCGGCUUGUUCCGAAAUAAACUGGCAAGGCACGUGCGGUCAAUGCACGGAGAUCUUGUUGAAGUUGAUGAUAUGAAAAAAAUGUCUCCCAAGAAGCGCUCUAUAGAAAUGAAGAAAAUACGAAACAGAGGUAUAUUUAAUCAUUACCUCAAUAAUCCGGAUGAAAAGCUUGUACUUAGGAAAAAUGCGUCCAUAAAACGAUCAAGAAUCUGCAUCCGUUGCAAAGGUUUUUUUGCAACUAGGUAUUUUUCUUCUCACAAAUGCGUUGAGGAUGGGUCGGGCAAGGCCACUGGCAUUAAAGCUCAUGUACUUAGAGCUGCAAACACUGAUGAAAAUUUCGCCAAAGAAAUAGCAAGUAGAUUUCGCAACGACGAAAUCGGUCUAUUAUGCACAUCCGAUCCCAUAAUAAUGUCAUUGGGACAUCAACAAUUUAAGUCCCUACAAUGCAGUUUCAAACGGAUUGAAGCGAGAGGCAGGACAAUGAAAUAUAUGCGCCUUAUAGCACGUCUUUUAGUCAACUUUCGCGCUUCAGCCGCAAAAGAUGGUAAAUUAUUGGAUACGCAUGAUCUGUUUAGGCGUAUAUAUUUUCCAUACUUGGUCAAAGCAAUUGAGAACGUCAGCAAAGUUGAUAACAAGACAAAGCAUGGGCUGAAAAUUGCUCUAGGCUAUGCCAUCAAAGAGGCCGCUCUGGCCCUCCAGGGAAUGUUUUUGAUUUCGGAAGAAGACAAAAAAGCAGAUGAAAUCACUAAAUUUUUGUCUAUAUUGACAAUGAAAUGGGGAGAAAUAUUCCGAAGUUCGGAGUACGCUUCGAAAAAAAAAAGAGAAGAAGUUCUAAGACGACCAUCUCGACUGCCUGAUAUGGCAAAAAUGGAGGCCGUCAAAGAACACAUAAAUGGACGUUUGAAGGUCCUUACAGGUGCUUCAGCAAUCACGGCCAGUGAUUAUUUGGAAAUCCGACGCUUGAUUGUCUGUCGCCUUGUGUUUUUCAAUGGGCGACGUGUGAGUGAACCCUGUCGCAUUACUAUAAAAGAAAGGGAAGAAACCUUCGAAGGAGUAUGGCUGGAUGAACGUGCCAUUUUCAGAAUGUGCUCGGAUGAGGAGAGACAAUUGAUUGAUUCUUUCUACAUAGCCUACAUUAGUGCGAAGAACACUUCUUCGGUUGUCGACCUAAUAAUUCCGAAAGAUUUGAAAAGGCCUAUUCAAAUCUUGAUGUCCGAGGAAAACCGAAGAAAAGCUGGCAUACACCCAGACAACAAAUUUGUAUUUGCGAAUAUUAGAAAUAGCAAGGAUCACGUAUGUGGGUGGCGUGACGUUGACACGGUCAUCAAGGACUCCAAGAUAGGCCGUGUAACAUCCACGGACAUACGCCACCAUUUGAGCACUCUUUUUGCAGAGACCGAACAGGCGGAGACCGUGCGAUCACUCUUUUCCCAACAUCUCGGUCAUUCAGACAAUAUCAACAGGUCUGUGUACCAAGCCCCACCAGCUGUGCGAACGCUCCUGGGAGUUGGGCGCUUUCUCCAAAACGCUGAUUCAGGCAUGUGCAACGCGGGCACAAGUAAAGCCGGUUCUGCGAUUCUCCCCAAUGCCCGUGAUAACUCAGUGCGGGAGUUACCGCCCUCGCGCGUGGUGGCGACGUCGAAGGUUUCCACAACCACCACUACAGAGGAAGAAUUGGAUAGCACAGACGAUUCAAAUAAUUCUCACACGACAGAAGUCUCGUCCGCGGUUUACUGCACUCCUGUCAAACGAGCUCGUCAAACUCCUGUCAAACUCGCUCGUCAAACUCCUGUCAAACUUGCUCGUCCGACUCCAUGCUCUGAAACCCCGAAAGCAAAGUCAGGACGACGAUAUGUAACCUGGACGAAAGAAGACACGGCUAAGGUCAAGUCGUUCUUCGCCAACCAUAUCCGCGGGAAGAAAGUCCCACUUCGGACAGCCGACAUCCUGAAGUUCAUAAACGAAGAAGACACCGUGACACUCCGCGGAUUCAAGGUUCAACGUCAGGCAUCCUUCCUCCGAUCAAAGAUUUGCAACGAGAAGAAGACAUAUCUUAUGUCCAAAUAGUGUAAUUAUGCAAGUGAUCUGAUGUUAGU